AGGUAAACCAAAAGAACAAAGGCGUAUAACAAAAGGAACUGCCCAUAAAAAAGGGGCAGAGUGGAAUUUGUGAAGCUGAACUUUUUGGAGAGACAACCAACACAAAGUAGCUAUGGCGCGCUCAAUCUCCUACAUCACCGGCUCACAGCUUUUCUCCAUCAAACAACGUCCCAAUAUCGCCAUUGUUGACGUUCGGGAUGAUGAGCGAAUUUACGAUGGUCAUAUUGCUGGAUCUCUUCAUUUUGCUAGCGAUACUUUCUUGGAUAAAAUCCCUAAUCUUGUUCAACAAGUUCAAGGCAAAGAUACCCUCAUCUUUCACUGUGCUCUUAGCCAGGUUCGUGGUCCAAAAUGUGCACGGAGGCUGUCAGAAUAUCUAGCUGAAGCAACUCUAGAUGCUGGAAUAAAAAAUGUAAUGGUUCUAGAGCGUGGUUUUAAUGGAUGGGAAGCUGCUGGUAGACCUGUUUGCCGCUGCACUGAUAAUCCCUGCAAGGCUGAAAUUGUGUAGUGUGGACAUCUUAGCUUGAAGACAAUGUGUUCUUAAACCUGCUCUAUCCAGCUCAUGGGUCAUUUAUAUGCUACUAUUUUGUGACAUGUAAACCAAUCACUUUAUACAUAAUUUUGAAUGCGGUAAAUUAUUGAUUGUAAAACUUCUUUCAGCUUGCAGCAUUAAACAGUUAACACACAAGAUAGACCUGAAAAAGAAUGAUAAAUGUAAUGUGGAGAUUUAUUUCAAAGCAAAUAAAAUUUGGAAAUUUGAUA